GCACAGGUUUUAGUCCCUGCGAGUUAGUACAUGGAAAAAAUUUGAGAAUGCCUCAAACGACUGUGUAUGAAAACUGGCUAGAGGAAGAAAGUUCAGACCCCACUGUGGUCGAGUAUGUUCUAGACUUAAUAGACAGAUUAAAGAAGUGUCAGGAGCUGGCUGUAGAGAGGAUGAAAGAGUGUCAGAGUAAAAGGAAACUCUGGUAUGAUCGCAACGCUGUUACGAGAAGGUUUAAGGUCGGAGAUCUCGUGCUUGUUUUAGCCACGUCUAAACCACACAAAAUGGCUCUGAACUGGAUAGGGCCAGGUAAAGUAACUAGUGUGAUUUCCGAAACCAAUUAUACGGUAGAGAUUCCGGGUAAGCGUAGCAGUGACACCAUUUAUCACGUAAAUUUGAUGAAACCUUAUUAUCAGCGCCCCGAGUUUGUGAAUCUUGUGAUAGAGGAGGUCAUGGAAGAUAUUGAGGGAGAAGUGGAUAUUCCUUAUCCCUUGGCUGAUCCAACUCAGGUAGAUUUUUGGAAAAUAGUUGGAGAUAGUAAGCUAGAAGAAAGAGCUUCGGCAGAGGAAAUAGGAAAAUUCCAAGAAGUUAUAAGGAAGUGUACGUUUUUGGUCGAAAUGGAUAUUAAAUUGUUGGAUGAGACUCCGGUUAGAGUCAGGCCUUACCGAAUGUCGGCGAGACAAACCGACAUCCUAAAAGAGGAAAUUAGGCGGUUGCUUGAGUUAGGAGUCAUAGAAGUCGGACAAUCUGAUUAUGCUUCGCCUAUGAUCUUAGUAGAGGUCCCAGGUAAAGAUCCUCGUCCUUGUAUAGACUACAGAAAAUUAAAUUCAAGAACUAUGACCGAAUUUUUCCCUCUUCCCAAUAUUGAAGAAGUCGUAGAAAAAGUCAGCGCAGCUCCAUUUAUCACAAUCAUGGAUCUAACAAAAGAAUACUUCCAGAUACCACUCACAGAGCGUGUGAACAGAGUCUAG